AAUCACACUGAAUCUGCAGGAAUUUGCGAUGUCCUAAACUUGAGAAAAUCAAAAAACUUAAUGCUUGAUGCAGAAGGAAGUUAUUUCCAAUAGCCCCCGAGCAGUCAGUAAUAAAUCCUCUUUAGUUUUACACCAAAGUCAGGUGGCUUGAUUGCCAUUUUAAAAUCACUCCUAAAAACUCACUAAGCCGGCUUGGGGAUAAUUCUUCCGAAAGCAGAGAAAAUUAGUCAACUGAACUGAUAUAACUGAGAACUUGAAAAUUGAUCUUACGCUAAACACGGGCUGUCGUCCGCGCAGGACACCUGCAAAGGCCACGACCGGGGCCAGAGCAGGAGGACCACGUGGAGGACAGCACCCCCAUUAACCAGCAGGAGGAGACGUGCUCAAAGGAAGACCAGACAGGCUCUGGGGGAGCGUGUGUGUGUGUGGGAGGAGAGGGGCUCCUAGGAAGCUCCAUGCUUGUGCUGCACUGUCCUGGGAUCUCUGUGUGUGAGUGUGAGUGAGUGAAUGAGUAGAGUGAGUGAGUCUGUGUGUGUGUGUGUCUGUGUGUGUGCAUGCGUGCGUGUGUAAUUCUGCCUCCAUCCCCCGGGAGCUGGGCGUCCUGUUACACACCAGCGCUUAUGCAUGUUUCAUCUGUUGCUCUGAGAACAGAAGACUUCUUUGUUAUCUAAUAUAACCACAUUCCCUGGGACUUACGUCUGUCGCGCAGUUCGGCAGUUUGCCCCAGUGACACCUUCCUAGCUGUCCGUCCAUCCCAAUCCGGAGAAACCCGGUGCUUGCCCGGCCGGAGCAGAGUUCGCCAUGUGAGCGCAGCGGCGAUAAAGAACUCAAGGAUACACAACCGCAGGUGGCGGACUAGGUGAGGCCGCACCCGGCCCCAAGGUCCAAGAAGCAGUUGAAACCUCAGCAGACUGAAGCUCGUACAGAAGGAGACUCUCCGGAAGGAUCUAUAGCCCGCCCCACGAGGCUGGUCUCGGAGGGGGAGCCGGGAGGCCGUGAGCGCAAUGACUGAGAUGCUCCGAUUGCCGUCGCUCCAAGUUCAGGUCCCAGGGGACUGCAGUGGAGGAGGGGUGGGGCCCGGGGGAGGCCUGGAGGGCGGGCCACUGGCCUGGUCCUGCUCAUCGACGCCCACACUGCGCCGGCGUCGCUUCAAGAUGCGGCGCACCAAGAACGUGCAGGCAGACGGCGAGGUCCCCGAAGUGGGGUCCAUGCGGAGGGUCCGCUCUGGCUCUAAGGAGUACCUGCAGCUGCCCUCCAUCGAGAUCACGCCAUCCAGUGACGAAGACGUUCCCUGGUCCAAUUGCUCCACACCCAGUGCCUCGCCCCGCCGCAAGCGCUUCCUGCUGAAGAAGUGGCUGAGGGUUCGCGAGAGGAAGGAGCACGGCAGUGAGAGCAGCAGCCAGCAGAGCAGCCAGCAGAGUAGCCAUGACGACGACUCCAUGCGCUUCCUGACUCCAUUCAUCCGCGAAGAGCGGUCUGAGAGCGGAGUGGAAAAGUUCAGCACUGCCAGUAACUCGAACCGGAGCACCCCCGCCUGCUCACCCGUCCUGCGCAAGCGCUCCCGCUCGCCGACCCCCCAGUGCCCGGAGGGUGAGAAUAUGGUGGAGAAGAGCUCGGACCACUCUGACAAAUCCCCCUCCACCCCCGAGCAAGGCGUGCAGCGCUCCUACUCCGUGCAGUCGGCACGCAGCGGCGGCAAGAACUCCAAGUCUCACAAGCGACUUUCCAAAUGUGAAAGACUAAGCGUCAUAAAAAAAAGCCAGAGUUGGUACAACCAUGAAAGACAACACCUCCUGAGAGUGCUGAGUCCCACUUACAAGCAGCGCAAUGAAGACUUCCGGAAGCUCUUUAAGCAGCUUCCCGACACGGAGCGGCUCAUUGUCGAUUACUCCUGCGCCCUGCAAAGGGACAUCCUGCUGCAGGGCCGGCUCUACCUCUCGGAAAACUGGAUUUGUUUCUAUAGCAACAUCUUCCGUUGGGAAACCCUGCUGACAGUGCGGCUGAAGGACAUCUGCUCCAUGACGAAGGAGAAGACCGCACGCCUCAUCCCCAAUGCUAUUCAAGUUUGCACUGAUGCCGAAAAGCACUUUUUCACCUCGUUUGGGGCCCGGGAUAGAACGUACAUGAUGAUGUUCAGGUUGUGGCAGAAUGCCCUUCUGGAAAAGCCAUUGUGCCCCAAAGAGUUGUGGCACUUCGUUCACCAGUGCUACGGCAACGAGCUGGGCCUCACCAGUGACGAUGAGGACUAUGUGCCACCUGACGAUGACUUCAACACCAUGGGGUACUGCGAGGAAAUCCCCGCCGAGGACAACGAGGUGAAUGACAACUCCUCCAAGAGCAACUCGGACGCCAAGCAUGACAUCAGCCCGCAACUGCCCAAGAAGUCCAUCACCAACAGCACCAUCACCUCCACCGGCAGCAGCGAGCCCCCCAUCUCCUUUGACCUCCCCCCGGAGGUGUACACAGACUGCCUCCCUGACGGGGAUCUGCUGUCUAUCCCGAUUCCCGAAGACAAGGCCAACGAACCAAGCGAGCCCGUCCCCUCUCUGUCGCUUGACUUCAACGACAAUGAGGACAUCCCAACUGAGCUCAGCGACUCCUCCGAAACGCACGACGAAGGGGAAGUGCAGGCGUUUCACGAUGACCUGAACGGGCGGCAGUACAUCAAUGAGGUGUACAGUUUCAGCGUGGACAAGAUGUAUGACGUCCUCUUCACUGAAUCACAGUUCAUGAGUGACUUCAUGGAGCAACGCCGAUUCUCCGAUGUGGUGUACCACCCGUGGAAGAAGGAUGAUUCAGGAAACCAAACGAGAGACAUCAUGUACACCAUCUCCCUCUCCAACCCUCUGGCUCCCAAGACGGCCACCGUGACUGAGACGCAGACCCUGUACAAGGCCAGCCAGGAAAGUGAGUGCUACAUCAUCGACGCGGAGGUGAUCACGCACGAUGUCCCGUACCACGACUACUUCUACACGCUCAACCGCUACAUGUUGACGCGAGUAGCCAAGAGCAAGUGCCGCCUGAGGGUGUCCACGGAGCUCCGGUACCGGAAGCAGCCCUGGGGACUAGUCAAAGGCUUCAUUGAGAAAAACUUUUGGAGUGGGUUGGAUGAAAAUUUUCGCCAUCUGGAGCUAGAACUGUCCAAGAUGGAAGAGGCGCUGACCGAGCUGCACAGGGAGUCCCCCAAAUCCAAGGCGGCGAAGACGGCGGCGGCCCGGCGCAGGAAGCGGCCCCUAGCCCACGUCCGCGCCCAGCACCUGGACGAGGCCCUCAGCCCCGUCACCACGCCCACAGACGAGGAGGUCAUCCAUCGCAUCAAGCACGUGGCAGGUUCCACUCAAACCAGACACAUCCCUGAACACGUACCCAGUGGGUUGGCCUUGUACAGUGUUUCCAAGCUCCUCCUCAUCGUGACCUUUGUUUUGGUCUUGCUGGUGUUCCUCAACAUGUUGUUGUUCUACAAGCUAUGGAUGCUGGAGCACACCACCCAGAGCCUCACCACCUGGCAGGGCCUACGGCUGCAUGAAAGCAAGCUGCCGCAGACGCAGAUGGAGUGGGCGCAGCUCCUGGAGGCGCAGCAGCGCUACCAUGAUGCCGAGCUGCAGAAGUGGAAGGAGAUCAUUAAGUCCUCUGUCCUGCUGUUAGAUCAGAUGAAGGACUCCUUGUUGAGCCUCCAGAAGGGCGUCGGCCUGAGGGACUACAGCCCAGAGGCAGAAGAGAAAAGGAGCCGAUAUCACUGACAGACAAUCCCAUAGGCCAAGAGGGAUCCGUGUGCAAUACCUGACUAUGCGUAGUUAAAUAUGCGAACAAGUGUGCGAGAGAGUACCUGCACCAGACCAGCAUGAUGGAGGGAUGCGUCUGCUGCUGCUGCCACCGCCCACUGAGAUCACGAGACCUUGCCAACAGGAAGUGGGCCGCUGCCAGCACCGAGGCAUCCUGGGAAGGUGGCAGUAUCGCUCACCUCGGCCUACACUUCCACAGUCCUGUUUUUGUUUUUGCUUUGUUUUUUUUUUCCCUACGUUGAUUCUUUUGCAGAAUGUUUUAUCAUAAGCUGUUACCGCAUAGAGAUGGGAAAAUUUCUAGCAUGCAAUUAUCUUUACCUAAACUUCUUCUUGAUGAAGAUUUCUAGUCCAGCUCCUGCUAUAUUUGUGGAUAAGAAGAACAAAAGAUUUUUUUUUUAUGUCCCCAGACUUUCAGGAGUCCCUAGACUGUUUCGAUCGGACGGGCCCUCGGCCCUCGGCGCUGCAGUAUCCCUUUUAAUCUUUCCAAUCUGGGACCAAGUAAAUUAACGACCAGAAGUCCACCGGAUGUUCGUUGUUCAGAUAUUAAAAGGUGGAAUAUAUAGAUGUAUAUUUUGGAUAAUUAUAUUUAAAGUGUUUUCAACAGGGCUUAUUUUUACUAAGCUUCCAUGGAGUGUUAGGGCUGGUUUCCCUGAUAGUUAUACCCCAUGGUGUUGCAUUUCUAUGUUAUAUAUAUAUAUAUCCAUAUAUAACAUAGUUAAUAAUUAUAUGUUGUGAAUUUCAUUCGUAAAAAAAAAUUGUAAAAACUUAAAAAUGAAUGUCCAUGACGGCAGGAAUGGAGAGAUCGGAGGUCGGGUUCGGCGUUCCUAAGGCUGCGUUUCCGCGCCAUGCCUGCCACCAGGUGGCAGUAGUGGUAUACAGGGUGUACCCCGCUUCAAACCGAGCCUUAACAUCACGUGACCCUCCAGGAGCCGCCCCUUCCUCGCUGUCAAAGCCUGACUUUACCUGUAGCCUGUUUCAAAGAGACAAAACAUUAGCAUCUUUAAGUGCGCUGUCUUGUCUGGUGUAGUCACUUACUGUCACCAUGUUUUAGUGUGCCUCUACUCCGUGGCUAUGGCUGCUGUAGCCGAUCCUGGCUUUAAUCACAGUCAUACCCUGAAUUCAGUUUUAUUUGUCAUCUUCUGUCUUCAAAUUCUUCUGAGCCCGGUACCUUCCUCAGACAGAACAUACACAUGGAGGCAAUCUAAAUUCACUUUUCCCAAACGGGUUAUUUCUUCAAGCCUUAUAGGGUUGGAUACAAAAGGGCACUUCAGUAUUAGUAUUAGUUUGGACCUAUGAGACCGGCUAAGCGCGGUUUUUCUCUGAGUCCUCUGCGUCACACUGGGCCGGACUGAUGAGUGAGUUGAUGCCGUGCACCAAAUAGUGGAUCUGAGAUCCUUUGGCUGCAUAUAGGCGAAUGUUAGUGAUGGAGGCAGAGCAAUCAGUUCAUUGUAAGUCAAUAAAAAGGGAUACUGCAGCUGGGAAAGGGGGUCGACCUGUGUUAUGAUGUGUUUGAUUACUCAACUGUGAAUCUUGAAAAUGCUUGAAGAUGGAAAUUAUAUAUAUGUAUACAUACAUACAUACAUAUAUAUAUGUACAUACACACAUAUAUAUAUAUGUGUGUGUGUGUGUGUGUGUGUGCGUGUGUGUGUGUGUAAGUUAUGAUUCAGAUAUUUAUUUAUGUAUAUAUGAAACCUCACAGAGCUGUAUGGAAAGAUGCAGAGUUUAAGCAGGGAAGGGAUGAGUGUUUUGACAUGACUAGAUAUGUCCUUGGCAUGUAAUUUAUGUUUGUGUCGUGCAUGUGUGUGUACGUGCGCAUGUGUGUGCGUGUAAGAAAUGUGUGUGACGUUCCAUGAGUCGGCCAGCGUUCGCUGAUGGUGAAAGGCCCUCCUCACCCUGCGUUGUCCUCCAGGAAUCGCCGCACACGUUACUGGCCCCAUUGCAGACAUCUGGGGUCUCCGUAACCCCUCACACAUGUAGCAUCACUUUGCCCCUUAAGAUGCGGUCACACCAGUGCAGAAAAACAUCCACUGUCUUCGCGGAGUCGAUCGAAAAUGGGCAUGACCAGAUUAUGCAGUAUACCGUGGUAUUUUCAUUCAGAUAAUGAAUAGUGUUGCUUUUGAAAUUACCAUAUGCCAAGAUACAUGAGAAGCAUGCUAGUGACGUGUUGUAAACAGGGCUUGACAUAACUGGUACGUAAGUAUACAUUAUUGGUAUAAAAUAUGAAAUGUGCUGGUAAUAAUUUCUUGUCGUAACGGCACGGCUGCAUUCUUCUCCCGCUGUUUUUCUUUAUUUUAUUUUGUAAAACUUUUUAGCCAUAAUAAUGCUAAUGCACGUCAAGUAAAUAUCCUCUCCAUUGCACUUCUUUGAAACCGAGGGGUCAGUCCUGCCCAAAUGCCGCAACGGAUUGGUUUAGCGACACGAAUUCGCGGGUCAGAGUUCAAACUGCACGCAAAUUCACCGCGCUACCAGAAGCAAGUUUUCUGCUUUUCACGUCGAGCGAUUACAGUGCAGCUGUAUGAGGAUGUUUUUUUGCGCACGUGUGACCGCGCCUUUACUCUCAUCAUUCAGGUCGACUCUCAGCUCUCAGCUCAUGCAGUCCAGCAGCGAUUUUGACACCAGUAGACAUAUCAGCAGUGUUUUAUUUCCACUCCGUCUGUCCUGAAUCAUCUAAAUGAUUGCAGCCCAUUCAAGCCGGAUGUUGAAUACUUUUAAGUUUAUGUUGAAGAUAUGACUGGCCAUACCCCCCACACCAGCUCCUAUAUACCAACAGCAAUGUGCAAUUUGAGUUGAAUGUAGAGUGACUGCAACAUGUGGAAAGAGGAGAGCUGUCUGUAACAUAAGAGAUAACCGCCUCUGUACUGUAAAUUCUGUACUCAGCAAGUGAUGCAAUAGAUUCUGUUAAUAUAUCACAUUCCUCUUCAUAAAAGGUUUCUUUACAUGUUUUUCAAGUUCAGUUGCACUUUCGGUGUUAUCUCUUCCUGACAUUUUGUGAGCUUUAAAUUCUAGUUGAACCAUCUUCCAGAGUAUUACUACGAAGCACAGAGAUUAUAAAACAUUUAUGCAAUUGCUGAUACACCCAGACAAGCAAAUUGCGGCUUUUAUUAGCUUCUGGAGAUAAAACCAUUUUAAUAUCUCUCGGUGUUUUCUGCUUGUAACAGAACACAGUACAUGUAAGACCCAAGACGACCAGAUAAUGUAAUUCUGAUUAAACAUGAAAGAGUCUGGGGGUCGAGGGGUUAGGUUGAGGUGACUAUGGUCCUCAGAUAUUUAUUGUAGAUGUGCUAGAAUGAUUAAAUUCUGUCCCCUGCUUAAAGAAACUGAAAAUAAUUUCCCCCAAUAGACCUAAAUAUGUCUGUAUUUUACAUUUACCCCCCAAUAAGAUGUGUGCCUAUUGGAUGAGGAGGUUAUGAAGUAGGUCUGUAUGGACUGAACUGUUUUCAACAUCUCACACGUUUAAAUGUAUGAUGGUGAAACAUUUUAAUGUUUUUCUGUGCAAUUCACUCCAAGGUAUGCCGACCCUCUCUCUCCGAUAAAUCCCGUGUGAUACUGUGACUGUCAUCGAACUGCUCACGGUCAAUGUGGUCACAUAGAAUGUACUAGAACAGUCGACUCACCACAACUCCCCGAACUGUCCUCUCCACACUUGCUUUCUUGUCUGGACGGGAUGCUAGGUCAGGUUCCACUGCCGCGUUAUAUAUCUCUGUUUCAAUGAGAAGAAACAAAGUGCUAUGCGGGGAUGGUGGAAACAUAUGUGCAGAUCAUUUUAAUACGUCAUGGCAGGAUGAGAAUGAAGGAAUGCUCAAGGAAGGGAACCGUAUACAUGGGGAUAGCUGUAUGUAGGAUAUUCUCUCAAGUCAGGAAGGGUUCUGUGAAAGCAGUAACUGAAGGGUAGAUAUUCAUCUUUUGUAUUCAGCACAAUCUUAAUGUCCCUAGGCUACAAAUUAACAUUCACAGAAUUAGCUACAUGUAGCAGAUCCAAGAUCAUGUGUCCGAAUUCACGUGAACGUUUUAUGUACAGUGUCUCUCCUCAUGUUUAUGUUACAUUUGUGAUUUAUACUGAUAGCAGCGUGUUUCAUUUUAGUGUUUGUUUGUUUUUUUUUUCUACUGUGUAAUUCACCAAUACAGUGCUGCUGCAGUGCAUAAUUUUCACAGAUGAUUUUUUUUAAAUUACGUAAACGCGCGUGUUCACAGUCGGCAUGUUGUUGGGGUGGAGUUAUUGACACAUUCGCUGUGGGUCAGACUGAGUAUGUUUCCGAAUAAUAUGAUUUCACCUUCUGUUCCAGAUGUGAUGGUUGUUUACCGGUGUGUACUUACAUAGUUACAUAGUGGUUACAUGGUGCUUAUCAAGGAUACAGUUAUAUUGGUUCAGUUGCUGUUUAAUACAAAUUGUUGUCACUGAUGCUUUAUAGCUUACGUAAAGCCCCACGUCACGACGUUUGUAACACACUUGUGUGUUGAAUAUCCCAGUAAACAUGAGGCGUACAAUUCAUCCAACUGCAAAUUGCAAGUUAAGCUGUUUUCUGAGUCAACGGAAGUCAGCGAUGUGCACAUAUGCUAGGGAUUAGUCGCACUCUGUGGUGUGGAUUUGACAUUUCUGAACUGUUAGGCCAGAGGUAUUGCACAUAUAGUGUAACAGCUGCGAAAAACAGCAGUUUUGUCUUUCAGAUGAGUCUGAGAGGCCAGUAUUCAUGUGUGAAGUUCCUCACUGACAUCAUAGAUUUGAGGGUUUGGAUAGAUGUAGUUGGAAUGUUCCAGAUUUACCAUAAUAAACAAGAAGAUAAUUAUUUUCGUAAUGAGUACUAGGUACUGUUUUGCAUUUAAAAUAUUAUAGUGUGUGUAUGUACACACACGUGCACAAAUAAUCAUACUUGAUUGUGAAAUUGAUUAUUUCUAUAAAACAGGACAGUGUGUUAAAUGCUUUAAAACCAGAUUGUUUUCAUCUACAGAAGUGAUUCAUUUUAUUUGGUCUCGAUUAAUUGUAUUCUUUUUUUCCUUUCAAAUUUAAAUACAAAGGACUGACUUGCCUCUGUCCCAGAUUAAAAACAAAUAAAUGGAAUAUAAGGUUGAUUAGGAGCGAAUGAGUUUGCAGUCAGUUUUGUCAGAAAGUCGUUAUAAUUUUCGUUGUUUUACGUGUUUUAUUCCGUCUUUUUCAGAAGCACACAGGCAUCUGCUGUCGUCUUCUUGACUCUGUGUGUGAUUCCUCGUCGCAGCAUUUGCGUGUUUGUUGAGAGCCUUGGUUUCUGACAUACUGUAUGAUUUCCAAAUACUGCAUGAGCCUGCUUAUAUACCACAGUGAAAAAGACCGUGAGGAUCUGUCUUUAAAUCGGGCAAAGAGUGGACAGGUGCAGAGUAGAAUCAGCCAGAGCUGGUCAAAACCCACAAUUUUAUGGGGAAAAGUGACAGUUUUGGUUCUUAUUUACCAAUAGUGCAAGGAAUUAAUAAAAUGCAGUUUGUCACUUGAAAACAUUUACAAGUAAUUUAAUCUUUGAUUGACCAUGUAUGAAUUAGUGAAUAGGACUGUAAUCUAAAGUCCCUUAAAAUGAAAUACAUGGUAAAAGAGAUUAAUCGCUAAUGUGUCGGAGAGCCAGAGUGGAGAAUGUUUCAUCGGGCAUUAUUAUGAACUGCUAGCAUACUUGCCCUGUUUUGAGAGCUUAUUGCGCAGAGAUUUGCCCGAGGGAUCCUAGAAAUUCUGUUAACUGCCUUUCUGUAGGAGCAGUCCUCUGGAAAGGCGUGUCAGUCUCUCACCAAAACCAGCAUUCACACCACAGGAGUACAAUCCUCCGUUCAUUCACAGUGGGGAAAAAAAAUAAAAAUCUCGUACCUUAAAGUUUGUCACAACAUUAUCUGAUGUAUGUUUUUUAGAACCUGUUUUGAUCUCUAUCGAUGAAUCUUGAAUAGAUUUAUACAUAUAUACUGUAUGUAUAUGUUGCUUAUAUUUACGCUGUACUCAGACAAGCACAACUGCGCUGUGCGCAGACUGUGGUCCAUGGGUGACUAUGCCUGAUAGAGACUAAGACCCAACCGCUUUCUGGUUCAUGUGAAGUAGAAAUGGAAGAUAUAAAUAAAGAGUAUUGAACAAA